CUGGCCAGUAGUGUGUAGCAACACCGCGUGAGGAGGGCUUCAAGGGCAAGUGCGCCAGUUCGGCCAUUCUUAUCCACAGGAGUAGUGAAUAUAUAUAUAAAAACACAAUCGUUGGCUUUAUAAGCGGACUGCUGGAAAUAAAGGGGUGCAGCCUGGAACUUGUGGUGUAUGUGUGAACCACAAUAUUUCUUUCCUGCUGUGAGCAAAAACAGCAUUCUCACUUUACAUGGACUCCAUCAGUUCCCCCUAGCCUGAGGAAUAGGAAUUUACUGUUCACCAAUAUAGGAGUUUUUUUUUAUUAAUUUAAAGAAAAGGGGAAAUCUAGGGAAUGGUGGAUCAUUUCUUGUCAACUGAAGAGAACUUCCUUUCUUACAGUGGCGUAGACUCUGCCUCACCCGUGGUCUACCAUUUAUCAGAUAUGGUGUCAGACUCAGGGAGCUAUAAGGUAAUGCCUUCACCAUUCUCAGAAGACGACCUCAGUGAUGCCUCGAGUCUGCGUUCCUGCUCCUCCCCAGAUUCCCAAGUCCUUAGUUCAAGCUACAAAAGUACAUCAAGCACUGAGAGUCAAGAUGGCAUCCUCAACUUCCUAUUAUCCCAUACUUCCCUUGGUAGUGGAGGUGGCAACAAUGCAGAGGGUAAUACUGUAACCUCAACUCCUCUAGCAGGCAUCCUCUGGAACUCGCAAAUUGACAGCUUGAAGGAAGAGAACUUUGACUUACCAAUCUGGUCAACCUCAAACAUGGAAGAGGAAACUCCUGAACCUUUCCAGCCAACCCUGGAGGAAAUUGAAGAGUUCUUAGAAGAGAACAUGAAUGGCUUGGUGUCUCUCAAGCAUGAGGGUAACUCACACCUUGGACUGGAGUUGGAGCUGGACCUCGGAUUGGGAACAGGUUUGGUGGUCAUGGAAGAGUCUUCAUCAAGGGUGCCAGAGACAAGCACAAUUGGAUCUCAGCAUCAUUCUAAUCAAACUUUGUCAGUAGUUAAGCUUCCAUCAAACUUCAGAGUGGAUAAUGAGACCAAAAGCACAGAUAGUAUUCCAAGUAAUCAAGACCCAAGCAUGCAGGCACAGGAUGUAAUAAAGAAGGAGACACAAAGUAGUUCUGUCCCCACUGAGAACAGCACUUCCACCAAUCCCAGCAGUGGUGAAAGCGGGAUGCCUGUAAUUCUUCAAAUCCAACCACUUCAGAUCAAACAGGAGAAUCAGGGCCCCAGUGGGGCUGCAACUCCUCCCUCAACAACUCAGUCCCCUAACCCAAGCACAGACAUAAAAAUUGCUCAACUGCUUGUUAACAUCCAGGGACAGACCUUUGCACUAGUCCCUCAGUUUCUACCCUCUGCCACCAAUUCAUCUUCACCAACUGCCAGGCUCAACAGCACAUCUAAGUUUGUGCGGAUAGCGCCCGUACCAAUCGCAGCAAAACCUGUGGGUAGUGGAGGGGAUGCUCUUAAUUUGGGCGGGUUCCAAGGUGGUCUCCUAGUCGGAGGAGCGCAGAAGUUCCAGAAGAAUCCAAUGGCCGAUCUCAUCAAAAUGCACAAGUGCAACUUUCCAGGCUGUGCCAAGAUGUACACCAAGAGUAGCCACCUUAAAGCUCACCUGAGGAGACAUACUGGAGAGAAGCCAUUUGCCUGUAACUGGCCUGGCUGUGUAUGGAAGUUUUCCCGCUCUGACGAGCUGUCCCGUCACCGGCGGUCCCACUCUGGGGUGAAGCCAUACCAGUGUCCUGUAUGUGAGAAGAAAUUUGCCCGCAGCGAUCAUCUGUCAAAGCACAUCAAAGUCCACCGCUUUCCCAGAAACAGCAGGACAGUCCGCACUGCUGCCUGAUUCCAACCUAUUUGCACUGAACCACAAAAUCGUGUGUGUGUGUGAAUAGGUGAGAGGAAACUGAAGGAUGAGCAAAAAGUCAUUUUUGAGUAUUUCUGCUUUGCUCUAAUAUUUAUGAUGUUUUAAAUUAAAUUUCAGUGGCAGAUCACAGGCAAAUAUAUUGUCAUCAUUGGUGCUACAUUCUGUGUGGAUGACCACGAAGAGCAGACCGGCAUUAAGACAGACUGUGCUAACGGGGAUCAGUCAAUUUGUAUAAGCUAUGAGGACACUUACAUAAGCCACGCCAUUUUUAUGUGAGUGCAGAAAGACAACAGCAAUGCAAAAAACAACAACAAACAAGUACAGUGUCGACUGUACAUGUUUAAUAUGUACAUCUUUAAUCAGUGUUAAAAAUCUCAUUUUUGCUUUUAAGGCAAGUUGUUUUGUAGUAAGGUGUUUGUAUUUUCUAUUCAUGUUGCCUUUUAAUGGCUCUGCUGUGUUUUUGGCCUUAGUCAACCACAAAGCUCCUAUCUCAGGUUUGCCUUGAAUGUUGCGGACAAUGCAAGCUCAGUCUUAGCCUUUCAAAAACAACUGAUGAUGUUCAAGGGAAUGUGACAAUCAAAAAACUUUGAGUAUAACUGAAACCAUUAAUGCUCUUAGUUAGCACUCAGCAGCAAUGACUGUAAAUGAGAUGCACUUGAUAUUUGUAAGCAUAAUGAACCUAUUUUAUUAUUUAAUUUCCUGUGACACAGAAUAUGCCUCCAAACUCCAGUGUUUCAGGAUUACUUAGAGCAGUGUGUUACUAAUGCUGGUGCUACACCCGUUUACACCAGUCCUCCUUCCGACCCUGUCACACAAACAUAAGCAUGAACAUGAAACACUGUAGAGGUUAGUGAACCAAAAGCGGUCAAGGUAAAUUGACUUUGUUACGGUCGGAGGAUUAAAUACUGUAACUUUGCAACGGUUACACAUCAGCAUGUUUGGGUUGGGUAAGUAGUGUGGACAUACCAAGGUGCUUUUGGCUGAAGCAGGCAAAACCACAGUAGAGUUGGUGCCAUAUUUAAUUUAGUGUUUGUUAUUAUAUUUUGGGGCACUUCUGGAAGUGGGGAGAAUUACUCCCUUAUCUGUUUCAUGUGUGUUCUCUUCCUGAUCAAGGGGCCCACUGUACAUAUGUAAUGGCAUUCCUUUCAUUCAUAGAAUGAAUUUUAUGAAUACUUGUUAACAUACAGGUGUUUUAGUUACAUCCUAUGAAUGUAUGUAAAUAAAUCCUGUAUGAUUUUGAGGUUGCGGAGGCUGAGAAGCAAUUUGAACAAAGAAAAAUGGUUGUUUCUGGUUAAGAUUUUUAGUGUAAUCCUAAAUUUGUACAUACAGUACAUAUAAGUAUAUAAAUAUAUAAAUUUAUAUAUAUUUUCCCCUUGUACACUAAAUUCAUUUACAAAUAAAACAUUUAAAUACA